UUGUUCUUCAAUUGGAGAAAGAGAAAAUAUUGGGGAAAAAAUGGGAGAAGAAGCAAAAGAUGAUCAACCAGAAUCAAUUCAAAACCCUAAUUCAAAUCGCAUUACACAAACCCAAUUUCUCUCCUGGAAACGCCAAAAGGACGCGGAUGCAUUAGCUAGAAAGGCUGAAGUCGCAAGAAAGCGUGCAGAGGAUGUAGCUGCAGGGGCCGUGCAAAUGAAUGGUCGUGAACUUUUCUUGCACGAGCCCUGGGUCUUCGAUAACUCCCUUUACUAAUGUUAUUUUUCCGAUAAAAAUAUCUUCCAAAGUAAUUCUAUUAACGUAGUUAAUAUUAAGACAACUAAA